AUGAGCUCCAACCUGUUGGACGGACAGACCAACAGCCCCCAGCCCGUGCAGGAGAUACUGCCCUUGUACUUUCGCAUGCCUAUGGGCGUGCCAAGGCCCCCACUGUAUCUCGUGACCAUCUAUGGAGCUUGCCCUCCAUUCAUGAGCGACAUCGUUGUGCUCUCGGCAGCGAUGCCGCAUCGGCCGUCCGACCUUGCCAGCAGCAACGAUGGCGCCUCCUACUGCCUUGCCCAGGUCCUCGACGUCCACAAGGACGGUAGCAGCUUCGUGGUCAGAGCUUCCCAGAGAGUAGACGAUUACGUUAACAGCUACGAGUUCGUUGUUAGCCUGCUCAGCUUCAUACCCUACCAACGCAUCUGGCGGUGCCUCCGCUACCGAGCUAACGACUCUGUUUCUGUCAAGAGAGACGACGACUCGGUACUCAAGGCUAUCGCGGGGGAAGCAGAAGACUCUAUGCCGCUGGAGUAUGAUUUUGAGAUUUUCUCAUCUGACGACAGAUUUUCCAUCGUGAGACAGAGCACUUCCCUGACCAGCGGCACCGACGUGCCGCUAUUCGUAUCGGGCAGGCUGUCUGCGUUCGGGCUCAACGAGUCCCAGACUGGCGCCAUACUGAGCUGCGUGUCUGCGGUGCAGCGUGGCGGUGGCGGUGGUGACGUGAGCAGCAAGGUUAGCCUCAUCUGGGGGCCACCUGGCACGGGCAAAACCAAGACCACCACCCUGCUGCUGCUGUCGGCCAUGAAGAUGAAAUGGCGGGUCCUGACGUGCGCGCCGACCAACACCGCCGUCUGCCAGGUGGCAUCCCGCCUUCUGGCGCUGAUGAGGCAGCACCCCGAUCCCGAUGCAUGCGCUGGAAGGGGCCACGGCGAUCUGCUGCUGUUCGGCAACAGGCAACGUAUGCACAUCACCAACGAUCUCGACCACAUCUUCCUGGACACUCGUGUGAAGCUGCUAUCAGAGUGCUUCUCGCCGGUGACUGGUUGGAGGCGGUGGCUUCUUACACUGGAAGCGUUUCUGCGCGACGAAAUAGCCAUGACGAUCAAGGAGGAGGAUGGCACAGAACCCGUAGAACUCAAGUACUACUCCUUCCCCACGUCAGAGUUCCGCCGGAUCUUCGACGAGCUUAGCAAGCGUUUGAAGACAAUCAUGUCUCAUGUCUCGACUCUGGAGAAGAACUACAGCAACAUUGCUUUGCUCAGCAAGAUGCUCCGCGACUUCAGCAAGCUGCCCGGCGUUCAGAAACAAGUCUCCACGUCAUCGAGACAGCUGAAACGGCAAUGCCAUGGUUUAAUAAUGGGUUACCACUCGGAACAAACAGUUGGCGCCAUGAGGGAGAAAAUCACGGAAAUUCUAGACGUCACGAGAGAGCUGUUGGGGGACCUGAACCUUCCUGUGACGAAAGAGUUUUCCGAGAUCAAGAAGUUUUGCAUCGAAAGCGCCUUGGUCAUUUUCUGCACCGUGUCUGGCUCGUCUAAGCUGGAGGGGGUGAAGAUGGAUCUGCUUCUGAUCGAUGAGGCUGCACAGCUAAAGGAAUGUGAAUCCCUCAUCCCAUUGCAAGUCUCCGGACUCAAGCACGCAGUUCUUAUCGGUGACGAGCGCCAACUGCCAGCUAUGGUCCAAAGCAAGAUUUCAGAUAAGGCCUUGCUGGGCAGGAGCCUGUUUGAAAGACUGGGUUCACUCGGACACAAGAAGCACCUCCUCAACAUGCAGUACCGGAUGCACCCUUCCAUAAGCAUCUUCCCCAACUUGAGCUUCUACGACAGGCAAAUCUUGAAUGGCCCCAAUGUGUUGGAGACCAAGCACCAACGUAGUUACCUUCCUGGUGCAAUGUUCGGGCCAUACUCGUUCAUCAACAUCGAUGGUGUGGAAGACCGCGGACGCAGCAAGACAAACAUGUCCGAGGUGGCUGCCAUCCUGCAAAUACUGCAGUCUCAAGAAAGAGCUGGGCAGGUGGUUAGCGUGGGCGUCAUAUGCCCGUACACCGCUCAGAUGAAGGCAAUUAAGGAGAAGAUAGGGGACGUGAAGGAGAUGCGCCCCCUGGUUCUUCGCGUCAACACCGUGGAUGGGUUCCAGGGCAGCGAAGAAGACGUGAUCAUCCUCUCCACCGUCAGGUCCAACAGCACCGGCUCCGGUGGCUUCCUGUCGAACCGGCGACGUGCCAACGUCGCACGGGCUACAGCUGAACUUCUAAUCAUUGCAUUAAAUAGAGGGCUAAGCCAAAUAGCGGAAGACUGCUAG